UUUUCAGCAGCCACUCCUUUACCCAGCAGUCAGAGAUGGACAAGUUUAAAACAAUUCUGAACAUUGCUGGCAAACAGACCAACCUUGGUUUUGGACUGGUCGCUCUGCUGACAGCAGGAGGAGAGCAGAUAUUCUCUACAGCAGUAUUCAAGUGUCCCUGCAAUGACCUGAACUUCAUCUAUGGAAUGGUGUUCCUGCUGGUGCCAGCUCUGGCUCUGCUGCUGCUCGGUUACAUCCUGAAUAGGAAGACAUGGAAGCUGUUGACGGGUCUGUGCCAGCAAAGGGGCGAGCCGUUGCGCUGCAAGAAGCUGGUUGCUGCCGGCAUGAUCCUCUUCCAGAUCAGCACCACUGCGCUUGUUGCCCCUUCUAGUUGGAUAGCUGUGGCUCUACUCAAUGGAAACUACUAUGAGUGUGCCAUGACAGGGACCAAUGUGAGCAUUUACAACAAGCAUGUGUGCAGAGAGAAGAACCAGGAGGCGCAGUGUGAGAAGGAGUUGCACAGGUUCCCCUGUGGGAAAGGACCACAAGCUGUUAGGGACGAUGUUCUGCUCAGUCUCAGAGCUGAGUCUCAGAUUCUGGGUUGGCUGCUCAUCACUUUGAUGAUGGUGACAAACCUGCUGCUGACCUGUGUGGCUCGGUGCUCCUCCCCCAUCAGUUACCUGCAGCUGAAGUUCUGGAAGGCCUAUGUACACGAGGAGAACAACCUGAUUGAUUCAUAUGCAGAUAAACAUGCCAAAGCGCUCGCCGAGAGAAACCUAAAAAGCUUCUUUGAAAAGACACCACCUGAAAAUUUCAUCACGCCAUCCAACCGAGACUGGGAGAAGAUCUCGUCUCUCUACAAGUUCAGCACCAAAGACAGCUACUACAGCACUUUGCACCAAUGUGUGGAGAACUUCCAGGAGACUGACAACAGGAUGAUGAAGAUGAACUCCAUCAAGUCAAAUGAGUCUGCAGAAUAUAACCCUGCUAUUCUUAAUUUUGUAGAUGAUGGCAGGAUGCCACUGUGAGGAGGACUUUGGCAUUCAGCCAGUGCUGCCAUCACCAAGUGUUGCCUGAUUGUUGGGUUUUCUCCCUACACUGUAAAUAAUAUAAUAAUAUAAUUGAACAAGCUGCAUACUGCCCCUCUGUCAUUUCUCUAUAUAAGGAAACAUGUCUCUCAGCCCACAGGUUUUCAACCAUUUUACAACAGCAGAAAUCUGACAGGCAGAAUCACGUAUAUACAAAGUAGCUGUUUUUAUUUUCAUAGCAAUAUUUCUUGUAUGUUUACCUGUUCAGCUUGUGUACUAGUUAUUUUGCUAGUUAUUAUUUUGCCAGGUUCACUGAAUAACCAACAUAAUUAUAAUGUUUAAUGUUGCUGACUAAGCUAUUUGUGGGCUAAGCUAAUGUCAUAUUUAGCAUACAAAUAUUAAGAAAUAUGAAAGUA